AUGGGCAUUAUUGAGGACAUUUUUAAGGCCUUCUGUCUACGCCGUGGUGCUUGGGGCAUCGUAGACAUGAAUUGGCUUUUGCCGCAGUCGGUGUUAGGGUCGUUAGAUGUCGAUCCACAAAAAGUAUGUCGUGAAUCAACGCUUCUCUUGUGCACUGGCGGCGACUCCGGCGCCAGCACGCGAAACGUUGUCUCCGAAUUGCUGCUUAACGCUGCCAAUCGAGCUGCUCUCGAAGACCUCUCGGUAUUCUACUUUCGUCCGUGUGAGCUUGUCAAUCUAAGCCAAUUGCACAUUCACGGCACGCCGGCACUCGACUUCUCCUCUUGGGACUGCAUCCGAUUUAUGUACCCCAGUGCAGAUUCCCUCGUGCGCUACUUCUGUCAUUUUCACCAAUGCAGACAACUUCCCGAUCUGAUUGUUAUUGAACAACUGGAUCGCAUAAUUAAUGCUGACCCCGGCAACUUCGCGAGUAGUUUGUAUUCCCUGACCUGUCUACUCACUGACGCCCUCGCGCACCUCCGAAAUGCAGCGUCGGCACAGGACCACGGAGUCGAUUGCCACGUUCUCGUGAGCUGUGCUCUGACACGUGACCUCUGGCGUGGCCAAUCACCUCUCUCCUCGCAACCUCUUCCGCAUGCCCUCGCACAGGCCUGUGUUUUCACUUCUGAAGGAGAUGACAGUCACUUCUCUAUGGCCGAAUCCCUGGGCGCUUUCGAGUUCAAGCUGUUUCUACGCCAGAACGAGAUAUUCUUUUCGUCCUUCCUCUCAAACAAUACCUUUCUGCGACUGCUUGAACCCGUAGCAUGCGUGUGA